AUGUCACCCGUAACAAACAAAGGAAUCAUUUUCAAAGCUAUUCCAGAAGGAUUACCAAAAUCAGACGUACACUUUGAAUUAGUUCAUCGUACAAUUGAUAUUGAAAAUUUGAAAUUGGGAGAAAAUGAUUUUAUUUUGAAGAAUCUUUAUUUGUCUUUAGAUCCUUAUAUUCGUAUGACCUUGAGAGAACCUCAUAUUAAAUCAUUUAUGCCACCGCAAAUAAUUGGUCAUGUUUUAAAUGGUGUUGGAGUAUCUGAAGUUGUAAAAUCAAAUAAUCCAACCCAUAAAAUUGGUGAUCUCGUUUACGGAUUUAUUGGUUGGGAAGAAUACACUCUUAUUAAGACUGGUGCUAAAAGAAUAAACGAUGCCCCUUUUAAAAACGUUAAUUAUCAUAAAAAGUUAUUAAAAGAGAUUCCAUUAAGUAAUCAAGUUAGUGUUCUUCAAAUUAGUGGAAUGACUCCUUACGGAUCCUUAAUGACUAUUGGAAAACCAAAAGCAGGAGAAACAAUUUAUAUUUCGUGUGCGGCCGGAGCCACAGGACAACUUGUUGGUCAAAUCGCCAAAAUUAAAGGAUUAAAGGUGGUUGGAUCUGCUGGAUCUGACGAAAAAGUCGAUUUCCUUUUGAAUAAAUUAAAAUUUGAUGCUGCUUUUAACUACAAAAAAGUUAACCUUGAUAAG